AUGAUGGUCAUUCGGCUCCGUAAGCAAAAGUGUUAAGCUCACAAAAUUUCCUCUACAGUAGCUGCCUUCCUAAGGAUUGAACCUUUUGCCACUUUUAUUUAUUAGGAAUUUUCUGCACUGGACACUUAAGACCCUCUGGAUUUGACAUGUUUUCCAGGUGUUGUUACAUUUAAGAAAAAAAACCCCCUUUUUAAGAUGGAAGUUCCUUUUCCUCUGUAUUUUGGUGUUGAUGGCUGGCUAAGGAUCUUCUGCAGAGUGCAGUGAGUGCUGCUGGAUGAUGUUCUUUCUGCCUACUCAAAGUCACAUUAAAACUUACUUUUUUUGUUGCAAUAUAAAUGAUCACCAUUUCCACAGAGGUCACACGUGCAAUUCUUCCUGUUUGGAGCGUGGUGCAGAGCUGCUGAGAAGGCUGAGCAAUGCUUCCCAGGUCUUCUGUGCUUGGCAGGCCAUGGGUUCAAGUGCUGAAGGCUGUCUUCCUGAUAGCUUUGCCUAACUGAUGGGAGAAUCAAAUGGAAGGAAGUGACGAAGCCCUGCAGUCUCAUCCGAAGGCUGCUGGCUGGUUUUACUCUCUCCUGGGUAUUUCUUAGCUCACUAAUUAUCAUGAUUGCAUGACAGAAUGGCCUUUGUUUCUUGCCAUAAAUUUAAGACUUCAUGGAUGGACCUCGUAUCAUUCAACGUGUUUUAUUUGGCGCUGAGGAGGUGUUUCUCUGGGAAUCUCUAUGAACUCUGCUGCACUUUAGAAUGCACUGGGGGGAACGUUGGGAAGCUGCUGGGGCACCUGAGGGCACCCUGAGGAGCUGUGACAGCGCCCUGGAACACGGUGUGUGGCUGUGGGAGGCCUCCAGGGUCUCUAGGAAGCCUCUGGAGCUCACUGGUGAGCUGUGGGAGCACUGGAGGAUUUCCUGGAGCACACUGGGUGGUUCUUGGAGAUUGCUAGAUUGUGCUGAGGAGCAGCUCGGGCACUGAGGAGUUCUGAAGGUAUUCUAGUGGGACCUCGGUUACCAUGGGGGUCUUGAGAGUCCUUUAGGGCACACUGGAAGGUCUGUAGGGUGCCCUAAAUGCCACGGAGCUCUGGGUGUAGUCUGCUGUGCCUACAGUACAAAGGGGAGUCCUUGGAGUAGUGGGACGCCCUGGAAAGCCUGUGGUGCCCCCUGGAGCAGCUGAGGCUCAGGCACAGAGAGAGCUGUGUUCUGAAUGGAAGCCAGGACUUCAAGUCAGCUCCAGUUCUCAGUUUGACCAGUGCUUUGCUGCUGGCCUUAGAACGCAAGGCAUAAUGAGUUUUUUCUGUCACGGGGUGAAGAUGGUGGUGAUUUUGCUUCAGUAGAUUUCCAGGGAAUAAAGAUAAACUGAGGCUGAGCCAUUGCUACGGCCCUUACAGCUGUAGGACUGAAAUGGCUGUCACAGCAGCAGCCACCUGCUCCUCUGAAUCUGCACUCUGUGUAUCAGAGUGACUUUGGAGAACGAUUGUGAGAUAUGAAAGACAGGUUUGCACUUCAUUAAUAUUGAAUCAUAAAGAGCCACCUUUAUACACGACAGCUGCCCACGAUGGUUGCAUUCCUCCAUUGUGUGUCUCUGAGCUCUCUGUGCAGCCCUGGAGCACAGGAGGGGGUUGUGUUGGUGGUAUUGGCUGGGAGGAGAUUCCAAUGGAAGGCUCCCUAAAGAAUGCUGAGGGGGCCCAGGACUCUCUGUGCAGCAGAGAUGAGCGUGGCUGCCUGGCAGGGAUACGUGGAGGCUUUGUGGGGCUGUGCAGACAACUUUUGGGUGUUGUGGAGUUGAGGCUGAGCUCCUGACUGUGCUUUAGCAUCUUCCCAAUGGCGGUGAGAGGCUUGGCAGGGCCAGGCUUUGUGGUGUGGGACUCCCUGAAGUGCUGGCAAAGGGUCAGCACCCAAAACCAAAUGUUUCCUGCAUGGAGAUAAAGGUUCUGCCAAGUGCUGGUGCCCCACAGCUGUGACUGUGGGGGGGGGAGAGGAGGGAGAUGCUCUGCUUUAGGAGGCACUGAGAGAAUCACCCACUGCUCUGCACGCAUCUCCACAUCAGUUAAAGACCCACAGCGUCCCAAGGCUGCGCCCCACAGCACGGCUGGCACCCAAACACCCCCUGGUGCCUACAGCUGGAUGGAGCUGAGCGAAGUGGGAGGUGAUCCUCAGCCCCCCCCCCCCCCCCCCUCUGUGCCACCCAUCCCCAGGAACGCCUCCCACACCCCAGGGAGGAGCAGCAGCGCCUGCCCCAGCACGCAGUGGGUGCGGGGUGCUGGGAGCCGAUGGAGCCGCGGUGGCAUUACCAGUUCCGGGUGAUCAUGCUGGGGGAUUCGACGGUGGGCAAAUCCUCCCUGCUGCGGCGUUACACCGAGGGGGUUUUCCUGGAUGCUGUCAAUCAGACGGUGGGGGUGGAUUUCUACGUUCAGUUCGUGGAGUUGGAGCCGGGGCUGCAGGUCAAACUGCAGUUCUGGGACACGGCUGGGCAGGAGCGCUUCAGGUCUGUCACCCGUUCCUAUUACCGCAACUCUGCGGGUGCAAUGCUGCUCUUCGACCUCACCAACCGCGCGUCCUUCGAGAGCGUCCGGCGGUGGCACCGGGAGGUGACAGACACCAUCCAACCUUUCCACGUGGUUUUCCUGCUGGUGGGACACAAAAGCGACCUGGUGGGGGAACGUAAGGUGGGCAGGAGGGAGGCGGAGCGGCUGGCGGCCUCGUUGGGCGUGCAGUACGUCGAGACCUCAGCCAAGGACGGCAGCGAUGUGACGCGGGCGUUCCAGAUGCUGACCGUGGCCAUCUACCGGGCGCUGCAGAGCGGGCUGCUGGCACCGUGCGAGGCGUGGGACGGGGUGAAGAGCAGCGUGCCGCUGCCAGCAGCGUGCCCGAAGAAGGAGAAGCAGAAGAAAUGCGCGUGCUAAGGAGGGCAUUGAGGUGCUGGGCUCUGCCGGGUGCCGAGGAAGGAGGAGCAGCGAGUGAUGGCGUUAAACAGCCCCCUGCUCACCCCACCGCCUGCCCCGUUUCCUGAGGAAAGGGAGGUGCCAGAGCCCCGUUCUUCUGUUCUCUCCCCUUACAAAGCGGUUCCCAGACAGCGAGCGCAGCCCCUCCCUGUGCCCUCGGGUCUCAAACCCGUUUUACUAUGGAGCAGAGAAUGCUAUGGUGUCCUGCGCCCAGCAGCACCCAGCCACGCUUCGGGCAGAGCCCUGGGAACAGACGGCAGCUCUGUGCGCCAGGAGCUGCCUCUCCCUCCCGAGCACCAGUCAGAC